AUGUUCGUUGUUCCGGAUCAGGUCAUGGGGAAAGUUGGACCUGGCGGCCAUCCAUCUGCGAUUGAAACUGGGACGAAGUUUUACAUAUCAAACCUUGAUUACAGUGUCUCGAAUGACGAUAUUAAGGAGCUUUUUGCAGAAGUUGGUGACCUGAAAAAGUAUUCUAUACAUUAUGAUAGAAGUGGGAGAUCAAAGGGGACGGCUAAGAUAUUGUAUUCAAGAAGGCAAGAUGCAUUAGCGGCUGUCAAAAGGUAUAACAAUGUCCAACUUGAUGGGAAGCCAAUGAAGAUAGAGAUUGUGGGAUUAAACAUUGUGGCCCCUGUUGCUGGUUUUCCAUUUCCAAACAACUCUUUUGGAAACAUGAAUGGUUUUCCAAGAAGGGGGCAUGAAAUGAAAUAUUUGCUCUGCAACCAGCUCCCAUUCAGGUCUCAUAUAUGGGAUUCCCUGGCACAACUGAAGGUCGUUCAUCUCCCUCAUUGCUACUUUGUGAAUGAUUACAAGCAGAAAAACCUUGAUGUGCUGGAUGUAAACCGCCAACCCAAGCGUUCAGCUUACGGAUUGCCUGAAAACAAGUUCAUAUUUGCUUGUUUUAAUCAGCUUUACAAGAUGGAUCCUGAAAUUUUUAUCACUUGGUGCAAUAUUUUAAAGCGUGUUCCCAAUAGUGCCCUUUGGCUUCUCAGGUUCCCAGCUGCUGGUGAAAUGAGACUUCGUGCCUAUGCUGUUGCACAGGGUGCGCAACCAGACCAUAGUAUUUUCACUGAUGUUGCUAUGAAAAACGAACACAUUAGACGCAGUUCUUUGGCAGAUCUUUGCCUUGAUACGCCGUUACUGAUGGUCUUUCUAAGCUAUUUCUUAAACCCUGAUAUAUAA